CCCCGCCUUUAAUUUCAAAUUGACAAAUUCCCUGAAAGCGAUUGUCAGUGGAUAUCUUCUUUAGACAUGUGAGUACACCUGUUUGAAAUCUUGCAAGAAAGAACCAAACAGUUACUUCUUUGUCAAAAAUGGAGGGAUCUACCAUGCAGCAUUCUUUUGGUCUGGGCCCUCGAAGUCCAAACCCACCACAUGGAGCUCAGCAGGCCCAGGGAACUGGACCUCCAGGAGCUGCACGUCCUGAGGAGCAGCCCCAGCAGCAGCAGCACCACAAACCUUUCUUCUACAUACAGCCCUUGCAGCCAUACAUGCCCAUGCAGAGUAUGCAAUGGCCCGUGCCGAUGCCAAUGCCCGUGUCCUACAACCCGUACUACAACUACCCUGGUUUAGGUUAUGGCAUGCCAAUGAUGCCCAACUAUCAGCCAAAUCCAUACAUGGAGCCACCUGGCUUUGUCAUACCCCACACCCACCUCCAUCUGAUGGACUACAGGCGCAUGCUCAACCCUCAGUACUACCAGACGAUGGCCUACCACUCCCGCAGGUUCCGCUACCAGCACAACAGCCAGACGAGAGAAAUGACCAGCUCUGAGGUUCAAACUGAACCACUUUCUGCGACACAGAGGACUAGCACUCCAAGUUCCAGCAAAGUUGAGGCCUCCCGUGGCAGCCCCGGUGUCCCCACCAGUCAGCCGCUCUCUCCAGCCUUGGUAUUGCGGAAGUUGGAUCAUUCUCUGGAGGUGAAGGAUGUGGUGCCCCCUUCCACCAGCACCACCAGGAUGACACCAAAGGGCAACUUCGUGAUCCAGACAGAGGAAGUCAGGAUUGAAUGCUGCACUACACCAGGAGGACUACAAGUCCUGCACUCUCACGAGACUGCAGAAGUUUCCCAUGGCUUUUCCCAGGAUAUGGUCCAAUGUAGCUCCAUCCUCCAGGGUGGUGUCCUGCAGGAUAAAGGACUGUGCCUUCCAGCAGACGAGUCUGAGCACUCGCUCCAGUCCUGUCCUGACAUCCUGUUAGUAGGGACGCCCAGCAGCAGCGAGGCGAUCCCUGCCCUGGAGGAGUCGAAAAACCAGACGGACAACCGAGAAGCAGCUCCAGCUCAUGGCGAGGCUCAGGAGAUGAGCGGUGAGAAAGAUCUGACGCCCAAGAAUUUUCAGUUCAGAGCCGUCCACAUGCCCUAUGACCCAAAGUACCUGGAUGAGCUGAGGAAGAUGGAGUCCACAGUCUGGUCGAUGGAGGACACUUUGAUUCCCUCCCCUGAAUCGCUGUUGCAAAAUGACCAAACGGAGUCUCAUGAUGAAGAAGCUGAAGUGCCCUCAGCAGAUGUGCUGACGGUCAUAGAGAAACCUCCAACAGACGAGGUCGUACCCAUGAUUGAGAUGCCUUCUCUGACGGCAGAUGAACUGGAGGAUGCCGUCCCAACAAUGGAGGGCCUAGAGGAUGAAAUGUGUGCAGUUGCAGAGGAAACUUCACACACAGCAGAAGUGGAACAUGCACCGUAUUUGCUGCUGUCGGAUUACUCCCCUCUUAAGGCGAAGCAACCUAGACGAGAACAAACUCUCCAGGAUCACCAAGAUACUUCCUUUGAAUCCCUCCCUGCGUACCUCCCUUCAACCAGCUGGCUUGCAGACUUUGACACCGUCUACUACUGUAGCAAGUUGCCGCCAACUCCCAAGAAGCAGAACAGACCUCCGGGCAACCGUGGUUUGGAUGUGCCUUCCAGAAGAAGAAAACUUGACCUGGAGUACAAAGAACAACCACCUGUUCGCAAGCCCAAAGAGAGGUACAAACCCAAAGGCAAGGUGGACCGGAGAAGCCUCUCAGACCAUGAAUGCUGCAUUAGCAGAAACUUCAAUGAGAAUGUGUUCAAUCCUUACGUGUCCAAGAGGGAGCGUCUUUGCACCAGAUGUCUGGCGAAGCGAAGGCUCUGCACGCCUGCCAGCCCAGGACUCGAUGGUCGGAACCUACAGAGAAAAGUUCCUUUCCAACAGAGGAAUGACGCACUCUUGCCUACAUGCGAAGCCUGUAAAUCUCACUCCACAACUGGAAAACAUCUGAUGAGAAAAGCUGCGAGGGUUGAUGCCCGUGGCCGCCAUCUUGGACACGACACUGAAGGAGAGUCCUCUGAAAACGGCUCAUGCCGCACAAAAUGGAGGGCAGCUGAUGAUCUGAGGAAGAGCAACGAUCUCAAGAGGCCUCUGGCGUCCAAGCAGAACGUGGACACGCAUCCUGCAGUGAUGUACCCGAAGCUGAAGGAAAAGAACUGUGGGUGUAACGAGCCGCUGCAUCAGUCGGCUGCCUGGGAGAGGCUGCGCCACUGUCCCCACGGCAACGCCAUCCGACAAAUGGACGAGAACUGCGACUUGCCGGUUUCCCUCCAGGACAAAUGGACACACGUGGAUCAGACUUACCAGAUGCAGAGGUGGCAAACAGCAGAGAAGUCGCAGAAGGCAGCGAUGACGAACCUCGACGUCGACGGCUACAAGAAUGAAGCCAGAUCACAACACUUUAAUAAACACAAGAGAUCACAACCACAAUCACAAGAUUAAAGACAAAGACUUCUGGAUUUUAACACAAAUUAGUAGGAACACGAAGAAAAGACACAAGAUGCUGAUUUUGCACACGAGCACAAUUCAACAAAGUGAAAAACACUUUUUUAAAAAAAAAAAAGAAAUGAUGCACUUAAUUUAAAUUAUUUCCACCUAAAUCAAUUUAAAUAUAAUACAAUAAAUCACUAUGUUCACUAUUUAUUAACAUUGAAAUAAACACAUUUACGCUA